AUGGCGAUCAAGCACAAUCAGCAAAUCCCGCACAACCAUUUCCGCAAGGAUUGGCAGCGAAGAGUCCGCGUUCACUUCGAUCAGCCCGGCCGAAAGCUCAGACGUCGCAAUGCUCGUCUCUCAAAGGCAGCUGCUGUCGCCCCUCGACCAGUUGACAAGCUGAGACCGAUUGUCCGAUGCCCUACGAUCAAGUACAACCGCCGUGUUAGAGCUGGACGUGGCUUCACCCUCACCGAGUUGAAGGAAGCUGGUAUCCCCCGCAAGCUCGCACCAACGAUCGGUAUCUCUGUUGAUCCCCGCCGCCAAAAUCUCUCCACCGAAUCUCUCGCUGCCAACGUCGAGCGCCUAAAGGCAUACCAAGCUCGUUUGAUCCUCUUCCCCCGCAAGUUGGGUCAACACAAGAAGGGUGAUGCUUCCAAGGAGGACGUCUCUGCGGUCAAGGAAACCGUUUCCCGCGUCAAGCAUGGUCUUCCAAUCGUCAACGCUGAGGCUGGAUUCACCGAGAUCUCGAAGAAUGAUCUGCCUGAGGCUAUCGAGGGUGGUGCAUACAGAAAGUUGAGAGAGGCGAGAUCCGAGAAGAGAUACCUGGGUGCGCGUGAGAAGCGGGCGAAGGAGAAGGCUGAUGAGGCCGCUGCUGCUAAGAAAUAA